AUGGCUGACACCGAAUACAACGCCGAGGAGGCUGCCGAGCUCAAGAAGAAGAGAGCCUUCCGCAAGUUUUCCUACCGCGGUGUUGACCUUGAGGCUCUCCUCGACCUCGGAUCCGACGAGCUCCGCGAUGUCGUCCACGCGCGUGCGCGGAGAAAGAUCAACCGCGGCCUGAAGCGCCGCCCGAUGGGUCUGAUCAAGAAGCUGCGCAAGGCCAAGCAGGAGGCCAAGCCCAACGAGAAGCCCGACCUCGUCAAGACACACCUCCGCGACAUGAUUGUCGUGCCCGAGAUGAUCGGCAGCGUCAUCGGCAUCUACUCCGGCAAGGAGUUCAACCAGGUGGAGAUCAAGCCUGAGAUGGUUGGCCACUACCUCGCUGAGUUCUCGAUCUCAUACAAGCCCGUCAAGCACGGUCGGCCAGGUAUCGGUGCGACGCACUCCUCUCGUUUCAUUCCUCUGAAGUAA